AUGUGGCAGCUUCACACUCCUCAUUGUCCUCCCAAGCUCACCCAUUGGCUACAGACUGUGAGAAACUCCAACAAGCCCAAGACCCACACAUUCAUAUGCAGAUUUGGGACUGUAUAUAGGAGAAAUGAAGCCAGUAGAGAUCAGAUUCUCUCAACACUGAGACCUCUACAGCACAGAGAUCCAUCCAUGGUACCUACUAUCACUUCAGCUAUGAUCUACUCUAAGGAGCACCUGUCUCUGAAAAACAAGGUAAAUUGAAGAUUCAAAUUCAAUGACAUUUAUUCAGUUGUCUUUUUAAUUUUACAUUUUUUAUUUCACCUUUAUUUAACCUGGUAAGCCAGUUGAGAACAAGUUCUCAUUUACAACUGCGACCUGGCCAAGAUAAAGCAAAGCAGUGCGAUUAAAAACAACAACACAGAGUUAUGUGGGGUAAAACAAAACAUAAAGUCAAAAAAGACAACAGAAAAUAUAUAUACAGUGUGUGCAAAUGUAGCAAGUUAUGGAGGUAAGGCAAUAAAUAGGCUAUAGUGCAAAAUAAUUACAAUUAGUAUUAACACUGGAAUGAUAGAUGCGCAAGAGAUUAUGUGCAAAUAGAGAUACUGGGGUACAAAUUAGCAAAAUAAAUAACAAUAUAGGGAUGAGGUAGUUGGGUGGGCUAAUUUCAGAUGGGCUGUGUACAGGUGCAGUGAUCGGUAAGGUGCUCUGACAACUGAUGCUUAAAGUUAGUGAGGGAGAUAAGAGUCUCCAGCUUCAGAGAUUUUUGCAAUUUUCUUAUUUUUUUUUUGUAUUGAUUGAUUGUUUAUUUGUUUCAAUAAUGUCAUACACCAGAAUAAGGUUAUUAAUGACUCUUCGUCUCUUCUUGCAGCUAAGAAAGCCAGUGGUGAAGAAGUUACGCAGAUAUCGUAUCAACAACAGCAUUGAGCAUCUCAAGUCUCUCCUGGUUCCAGAGAUCCUCAAACAGCAGCCCGACUCCAAGCUGGACAAAGCCGACAUCCUGGAGAUGACAGUUUGCUUCCUGAGACGACAGCAACAGAACCAGCCAGUGAGCUCCUCCUCCUGCUGCUCAGCACCUGUCAAUCAGGGUUACUCCAGGUGUGUCCAAGAGAUUGUUCACUUCCUGUCUAAGGAUGAGGUGAAGACACAGUCCCAGAGAAGACUGCUGAGCCACUUCCAGAGCCUGCAGCCAUCCUCUGAUAAGAACAGGAGAGAGAUUGACCUGCCUCCCCAGCCCAGCACAGCAUCAGCAAAGAGAAGUCCAGUACCCCAUCGCCCUCUGGAGGCCCUGGUAGAGUCCUACAGACUGGAGCUCCAAUCAGACAAACACAAUGGAUGGACCAUAUUGGUCCAAGAUUAAUUUCAUGGAAAGUAAUGAGAAUAAGAAGAUAUCAUCUUCAUCCAUGUUUAAAAGUCUUGCUGGGAUUGAGACAUUCCAUUUCAGUUGUACUGAAGUUAAAAGGUUUUUCCAAGAAAACAAUCUUAUCUAUGAAAACUACGUUUUUGUAGUGUUAAUUGAAAUCAUCAUAACCUUUAUGUUUUGUGAAACAGGUUGAUUAUAUUGAUCAUGUGUUUAUAUUCAUGAUCAACAAUAACUUGAAUUGUCCUUCAUCAGAACCUUAAAACCAAAAUGGGUGUUAUAUCAUCAAUCUUUUUGUGAUUGUCUAUGAUUAAUCUGUUUAUAAGGUCAAAAUAUCAAUAAUUUUUUCCCACUACAUUUGUGUAGUGAUAUAGUCAUAUUGACAUUGUAUUGAGCAUCUUCUGUGAAGCAUGUAUUAGUUGUAUAUUUGAUAUUAAUCAACUUGAGCUACAGCAUCAAUGUUCCUCCAGGAGGAUUAUUUACCUAAACUGGGUAAAGUGGGCGGCAGGUAUCUUAGUAGUUAAGAGCGUUGUGCCAGUAACCGAAAGGUCGCUGGUUCUAAUCCCUGAGCCGACUAGGUGAAAAAUCUGUCUGUGCCUUUAAACAAGGCACUUAACCCUAAUUGCUCCUAUAAGUCGCUCUUGAUAAGAGCGUCUGCUAAAUGACUAAAAUGUAUACCUGUUAUCAUCACUCUGUGACUAGCAAUAUUUGAUCUGUUUUAAGAUGAUACCUUAUUUGUGAAAUUGUCGCUUACAUUAUUUGAAUAAUGUUUUUAUUGCAAAUGGGAGGACAAAUGUCUAAUUGAAAAACCCUUGUUUAUUUUAAACAAUUCUGUUGGUUUUUUCAAAGACAGUAACUGUGUAUCCUAUACUCUGAUAGAGUAUCAUGUCUUGGAGAUUUGUUCAAGUUCUUGUUGUGAUGUUUAAUCACUUUAUUUCUCUUGAAAUAUUUACCUUAAAUUAAGGUAUUGAUGGUGUGACUCAUUGAGUCAGUAUGAAUAAAUACACAAAUCAUUAAAUGAAAUAUUCUUGUCUGUUGCUUUAUUCUUUUCUUGACAAAGACAAUCCUCCAACAACAUUACAUUAAGAAAUUACUGAUUAAUGAAAUCCACAUAGAUUGUGGCUGAUAAAAAAAAUAAAAAAUAAAUCCCAAGAAUGUACAGAAUGAUAUUGACUGCAUUAGAAUGCAACACUCAAUCGAAUCAAUAUAUUUAUUUGCACCUCUGGGUGCUUUAUUCAAAAUCUACAGAGUCAGAUAAAUGUUAAGAGACAUUUGUAGUCAUACAUUAUUAUUUUACGAUAAUUGUUUUUGUGUAAAACAUAACAUUCAUAUCAUAUAUUGAUUGAGCAAAGGUGUAGUGAACCAUGUAGAGAUAAGUGAACAUCAAUCUGAGUUCUUUAGGAGGCAUGACGGAUGUUUUUUUUUUUUACUGAUGCACCUGUUUUAAAUAAAUCUAUUUUCAGCGUUUCAGAAUCUAUUCAAUGACUUUAGUUUGGUCAUAAUAUAUCAGUGAUUCCAGGUGUUGGGCCAAAACUAGUACUGUCAUUUUAGUGCUUUAAACGUUUAGGGCAGCUGUGCCCCUCAAACUCAAUAGCUAAUGUGAUGUGUAAUAAGACACACUUCUAUUGUUCCUCUAUUGAAAGCAGUGAAUGGAGAGAGAGUGUGGGAAACCGAGGAGAACUCACUCACAGAGCCCCUUUGGGACAAUAGACUGGGACCUCUACCCUGGACUGUCAGAGGUUAGAGAGGGGGUCUGGGUCUCUAUGGGGAAAUCAACCGAUACAUUUCUGAUAAUCCCACAACAUUUCAUGUUUAGUAUUUGGGUCUUGAAUUUAGAAAUCUGCUAAAACAUAUGUUUCUAAUAAAAGUUCAAGAUAUCAUUUUCUUGCAUUUUAAAUGCACUUUUAGGCAGUACUUGCACCUUCUUCAAGAUUAAUGCAAUUAAUGCAGUUUUUAUUUUGUUUGUAUGUGGGGCAUGGUUGAAAACAUUAUAUUUGUUUGUGUACACAUACACGAACAGCUUGAAUUGAUUCUCUGUAACAGUGAGUCUUUAUCUGUGCCUUAAGAUACAUAUUUCUGGAAUGAACUUCACCCCCAACUGCUUGAUAGGAACUGCUUGUGUAGAGAUUAAUGAUCAUUUAACAAGGCACACUUCUAUUGUUUAGUGGAAACUCUCUCAAUGGGCAAAGUGUGUGAAACCUCUGGAGAGAAGAUUCACAGUUUAGUGUCAUCAGGAUCAUCAGUCCCACCAGCACCUGUGAGUCUCUAUGGGUAAUAUGCAGACUUCUAUUGUUCAGUGGAUAGAAUGGGUGGGAGGGGGUAUUUUGGGUUAUUUCUUACACUUUCUUAUGAGGGAAAUACAAUAAAUAUUAAAUAAAGAAAACUAAUUUACUUACCCAAGUUAUUAAUGGCUUUUUCUAUCUUAAUGAUUGGCAGAGUUUUAUUCAGUACAUUCAUGUAGUUCAGUUGUUUUUGUGAUAAACAGUGAACAGCUCUCAAUUCCACUUAGGCAUACAAAAGUUAACCCUUUGUUGAUUAUAAUGAAACAAAUCACAGACAAAAUUUUUAAAAGAGUUCUCAUAAUCAUGUGUUCUAUGCCAUUAUAGGAUUAAUUUGUAUGUAUAAAGGUGUGUCUUGUUAGUAUAAUCUUGCCAGUGCUGAUCUUUCCCUCCAAAACCCAGAAGGUCUGUGAUGUCAGCCUCUAUCUAUAGUACAACACAGAGCCAACAGUCGUCACUAAUGGUCCACUGAGCAGCUUUUGUAAUGCAUUGAUCACAGCACACAGGACUCAGUGUGGGAAACUCAGAUCAGCUCUCUACUCACACUGACCAGUAGACUCAAGACAGAGGACACAUCUGCUACAUUUGAACUCCAGAAUGCUUGACCAUAUAACUUCUAAUAUUGAGAUAAGAGACCCCUUGCUAUUGAUAUGGAUUUUCUCUAAAAUACUGAAAAUAAAGAUAUUCAUUAUCCACUCACGUGUUAAUGUUGACUAAAAUCGUAUAUAUUCCAAAACAUUCUGACUAACUGAAAAGACAAACAUGCAUGAAAUUAAACAGGAAUGAAAAUGGUGACACAUUGUCAUAUAUCAUCAUAUUGUUAAAUAUAACUACCGGUAUGUGCAAUGUAAAACCAUAUUGCAGAGUCAUUCAUUAAUAUCAGAGUUAAUAUAAAUGGUGAAAGAAUAAAAUAUGCCUAAAUCAGUGAUGAAGCGUGGAUACAGAAUACUACAUUAAACAAUGUCCUUAUAGGUGGGGAUUAAUAACACUGUUCGUUUUUUUCGAGAAUCUGUGUCCGUCUCACACGUGUAAGUUGUAAUGAUGAGCGUGUGCUCUGUCAAUGUCAUUGAUCUCAACAUCAGGCAGCAGAUCUGUGGGUCACCACUUUCCCAGAUUCACACAGCGCUCUGUGAGUCUCUCUCCAUCACCCCCCACCCCUCCACCUGUUCCCCUGAGACGUGACCAUUGUCCCCCAGCAAUAAGAACACUGAGCAUGUGGCAGCUCCACACUCUUCAUUGUCCUCCCAAGCUCACCCAUUGGCUAAAGACUGUGAGAAACUCCAACAAGCCCAAGACCCACACAUUCAUAUGCAGAUUUGGGACUAUAUAUAGGGGAGAUGAAGCCAGUAGAGAUCAGAUUCUCUCAACACUGAGACCUCUACAGCACAGAGAUCCAGCCAUGGCACCUACAAUCACUUCAGAUAUGAUCUACUCUAAGGAGCACCUGACUCUGAAAAACAAGGUAAAUUGAAGAUAUAAAUUCAAUGACAUUUAUUCAAUUGCAUUGAUUGAUUGCUUAUUUGUUUCAAUAAUGUCAUACACCAGAAUAAGGUUAUUAAUGCCUCUCCUCGUCUCUUCUUGCAGCUAAGAAAGCCAGUAGUGGAGAAGUUACGCAGAGAUCGUAUCAACAACAGCAUUGAGCAACUCAAGUCUCUCCUGGUUCCAGAGAUCCUCAACCAGCAGCCCGACUCCAAGCUGGACAAAGCCGACAUCCUGGAGAUGACAGUUAGCUUCCUGAGACAACAGCAACAGAACCAGCCAGUGAGCUCCUCCUCCAGCUCAGCACCUGUCAAUCAGGGUUACUCCAGGUGUGUCCAAGAGAUUGUUCACUUCCUGUCUAAGGAUGAGGUGAAGACACAGUCCCAGAGAAGACUACUGAGCCACUUCCAGAGCCUGCAGCCAUCCUCUGAUAAGAACAGCAGGGAGAUUGACCUGCCUCCGCUGAGCUCCCCAGCCCAGCACAGCAUCAGCAAAGAGAAGAGUCCUGUCAACAGCUCCCUCUGGAGGCCCUGGUAGAGUCCUACAGACUGGAGCUCCACUCAAAACACAAUGGAUAGACCAUGUUGGUCUAAGAUUAAUUUAAUGGACAGUAAUGAGUAUAAGAAAAAUGUCUUCUUCAUCCUCUGCUUAUGCAGGAGUUUUUAAAAGUCUUGCUGUGAUUGAGACACUUCAUUUCAGUUGUACUGAAGUUAAAAGGUUUUCCAAGAAAACAAUUGGAUCUAUGAAAACUACAUUUUUGUAGUGUUAAUUGAAAUCAUCAUAACCUUUAUGUUUUGUGAAACGUGUUGAUUAUAUUGAUCAUGUGUUUAUAUUCAUGAUCAACAAUAACUUUAAUUGUCCUCCAUGAGAUCCUUUAAACCAAAAUGGGUGUUAUAUCAUCAAUCGGUUUGUGAUUGUCUAUGAUUGAUCUGUUUUUAAGGUCAAAAUAUCAGUCAUUUGUUUUACCACUACAUUUGUGUAGUGAUAUAGUCAUAUUAACAUUGUAUUGAGCAUCUUCUGUGAAGCAUGUAUCAGUUAUAUAUUUGAUAUGGAUCAACUUGAGCUACAGCAUCAAUGUUCCUCCAGGAGGAUUAUUUACCCAAACUGGGUAUUAUACCUGUUAUCAUCACUCUGUGAUUAGCAAUAUUUGAUCUGUUUUAAGAUUAUACCUAAUUUGUGAAAUUGUCACUUACAUUAUUUGAAUGAUGUGUUUAUUGCAAAUGGGAGAACAAAUGUCUAAUUGAAAAACCCUCGUUUAUUUUAAACAAUUAUGUUUUCUUUUAUAAAGACAGUAACUUUGUAUCCUAUUCUCUGAUAGAGUAUCAUGUCUUGGACAUUUGUUCAAGUUCUUGUUGUGAUGUUUAAUCACUAUUCCUCUUGAAAUAUUUACCUUACGUUAAGGUAUUGAUGGUGUGACUCAUUGAGUCAGUCAAAAUAAAUACACAAAUCAUCAAAUGAAAUAUUAUUGUCUGUUACUUCACUCUUUUCUCCACUGAAAUACGCUUCCAAUAGAGUUACAUUGCUGACUUAUGAUAUUCCACAUAUAGCUACUAGCUAGACUACAGUAUAUAGGGAAAAAUAAGAAAAAGCCUACUUUGAGCCAAGACUGUAAAAAAUUAUCUUGAAAGAAUGACACUAUACAGGUAUAUCAUUCACCUCUUGGUGCUUCGUUCAAAAUCUACAGAGUAAAAUAAAAUACAUUUCUAGCCAUAAUUUAUUAAUUCACAUGAUUAGUUUGAUGGAGUCAGAAAUGACUAACUAACGAUUUGGCUGUUUAUAAUUGGUCAUAUGAGUUCCCAGAGACAUGGCUGUGUUGUUUUUACUGAAACACCUGAUUUACAUUCAUUCAUUUUAGGUAUAUCAGAACGUAUUGCAAUAGCAUUUGCAUUCCAUGAUUUUUAGUUUGUACAUGAUAUACCAGUGAUUCAAGGUGUUAGGCCAAAACUGCUGCCGUCAUCUUAGUGCUCUAAAAGUUUAGGGCUGCCGUGCCGCAUAAUAUUAUGUGUAAUAAGACACACUUCUAUUGUUCCUCUAUUGAAAGCAGUGAAUGGAGAGAGAGUGUGGGAAACCGAGGAGAACUCACUCACAGAGCCCCUUUGGGACAAUAGACUGGGACCUCUACCUGGACUGUCAGAGGUUAGAGAGGGGGUCUGGGUCUCUAUGGGGAAUUUAAUCAAUAUAUUUCUGAUAAUCCCACAACAUUUAAUGUUCAGUAUUUGGAUCUUGAAAUUAGAAAUCUGCUAAAACAUAUUUUUCUAAUAAAAGUUCAAGAUAUCAAUUUUUUUGUACUUGCAUUUUUAAUGCACUUUUAGGCAGUACUUGCAUCUUCUUCAAGAUUAAUGCAAUUAAUGCAGUUUUUAUUCUGUUUGUUUGUGGGGCAUGGUUGAAAACAUGCUAUUUGUUUGUGUGCACAAACACAUAGAGCUUCAAUUGAUUCGCUGUAACAAUUAGUAUUUAUCUGUUGCUUAAGAUAAAUAUUUUUGUAAUGAGCUUCACCCCCAACUGCUUGAUAGGAACUGCUUGUGUAGAGAUUAAUGAUCAUUUAACAAGGCACACUUCUAUUGUUUAGUGGAAACUCUCUCAAUGGGCAAAGUGUGUGAAACCUCUGGAGAGAAGAUUCACAGUUUAGUGUCAUCAGGAUCAUCAGUCCCACCAGCACCUGUGAGUCUCUAUGGGUAAUAUGCACACUUCUAUUGUUCAGUGGAUAGAAUGGGUGGGAGGGGGUAUUUUGGGUUAUUUCUUACACUUUCUUAUGAGGGAAAUUCAAUAAUUAUUAAAUACCCAAGUUAUGAUAGGCUUUUUCUAUCUUGGUGAUGGACAGAGUUUUAUUCAGUACAUUCAUGUAGUUCAGUUGUUUGUGUGAUAAACAGUGAACAGCUCUCAAUUCCACUUAGGCAUACAAAAGAUAACCCUGUGUCGAUUUAUAACGUAACAAAUCACAGACAAUAAUUUUCAAAGAGUUCUCAUAAUCAUGUGGUCCUCUGUAGCUCAGCUGGUAGAGCACGGUUCUUGUAAAGCCAAGGUAGUGGGUUCGAUCCCCAGGACCACCCACACACAAAAAAAAUAAUGUAUGCACGCAUGUCUGUAAGAUGCUUUGGAUAAAAGUUUCUGCUAAAUGGCAUAUUAUUAUGUGUUCUAUGCCGUUAUAGGAUGAAUUUGUAUGUAUAAAGGUGUAUCUUGUUAGUAUAGUCUUGCCAGGGCUGAUCUUUCCCUCCAAAACCCAGAAGGUCUGUGAUGUCAGCCUCUGUCUAUAGUACAACACAGAGCCAAUGGUCCACUGAGCAGCUUUUGUAGUGCAUUGAUCACAGCACACAGGACUCAGUGUGGGAAACUCAGAUCAGCUCUCUACUCACACUGACCAGUAGCCUCAAGACAGAGGACACAUCUGCUACCUUUGAACCAGAAUGCUUGACCAUAUAACUUCUACUACUGAGUUAAGAGACCUGUUUCUAUUGAUGUGGAUUUUCUCUAAAAUACUGAAAAUAAAGAUAUUCAUUAUCCACUCACGUGUUAAUGUUGACUAAAAUCGUAUAUAUUCCAAAACAUUCUGACUAACUGAAAAGACAAACAUGCAUGAAAUUAAACAGGAAUGAAAAUGGUGACACAUUGUCAUAUAUCAUCAUAUUGUUAAAUAUAACUACCGGUAUGUGCAAUGUAAAACCAUAUUGCAGAGUCAUUCAUUAAUAUCAGAGGUCAUAUCCAUGGUGAAAUAAUAAAAUAUGCCUAAAUCAGUGAUGAAGAGUGGAUACAGAAUACUACAUUCAACUAUAUCCUUAAAGGUGGGGAUUAAUAACGCUGUACGUUUAAUUAGAGAAUCUGUGUCCGUCUCACACGUGUAAGUUGUAAUGAUGAGCGUGUGCUCUGUCAGUGUCAUUGAUCCCAACAUCAGGCAGCAGAUCUGUGGGUCACCACUUUCCCAGAUUCACACAGCGCUCUGUGAGUCUCUCUCCAUCACCCCCCACCCCUCCACCUGUUCCCCUGAGACGUGACCAUUGUGCCCCCAGCAAUAAGAACACUGAGCAUGUGGCAGCUCCACACUCCUCAUUGUCCUCCCAAGCUCACCCAUUGGCUACAGACUGUGAGAAACUCCAACAAGCCCAAGACCCACACACUCAUAUAAUAAUAAUAUGCCAUUUAGCAGACGCUUUUAUCCAAAGCGACUUACAGUCAUGCGUGCAUACAUUUUUGUGUAUGGGUGGUCCCGGGGAUCGAACCCACUACCUUGGCGUUACAAGCGCCGUGCUCUACCAGCUGAGCUACAGAGGACCACACCAUAUGCAGAUUUGGGACUAUAUAUAGGGGAGAUGAAGCCAGUAGAGAUCAGAUUCUCUCUACACUGAGACCUUUACAGCACAGAGAUCCAGCCAUGGCACCUACAAUCACUUCAGAGAUUAAUAACUGUAAGGAGCACCUGACUCUGACAAACAAGGUAAAUUGAAGAUUCAAAUUCAAUGACAUUUAUUCAGUAGUAUUGAUUGAUUGUUUAUUUGCUUCAAUAAUGUCAUACACCAGAAUAAGGUUAUUAAUGCCUCUCCUCGUCUCUUCUUGCAGCUAAGAAAGCCAGUGGUGGAGAAGUUACGCAGAGAUCGUAUCAACAACAGCAUUGAUCAACUCAAGUCUCUCCUGGGUCCAGAGAUCCUCAACCAGCAGCCCGACUCCAAGCUAGACAAAGCCGACAUCCUGGAGAUGACAGUUAGCUUCCUGAGACAACAGCAACAGAACCAGCCAGUGAGCUCCUCCUCCAGCUCAGCACCUGUCAAUUAUGUUUACUCCAGGUGUGUCCAAGAGAUUGUUCACUUCCUGUCUAAGGAUGAGGUGAAGACACAGUCCCAGAGAAGACUGCUGAGCCACUUCCAGAGCCUGCAGCCAUCCUCUGAUAAGAACAGCAGGGAGAUUGACCUGCCUCCGCUGAGCUCCCCAGCCCAGCACAGCAUCAGCAAAGAGAAGAGUCCUGUCAACAGCUCCCUCUGGAGGCCCUGGUAGAGUCCUACAGACUGGAGCUCCACUCAGACAAACACAAUGGACCAUGUUGGUCUAAGAUUCUUUUCAUGGACAGUAAUAAGAAUAAUAAGAGAUCUUCUUCUGCUUCUGCAGGAGUUUUUAAAGGUUUGGUGUGAUUGAGACAUUUCAUUUCAGUUGUAGUACGUUUUUCCAAGAAAACAAUCUGAUCGAUAAAAACAAUAUUUUUGUAGUGUUAAUUAAAAUCAUGAUAACCUUUGUUUUGUGAAACGUGUUGGUUACAUUGGUCAUGUCUUUAUAUUCAUGAUCAACAAUAACUUUAAUGGUCCUCCAUGAGAAACGUUAACCCAAAAUUGAUGUUAUAUCAUCAAUCUGUUUGUGAUUAUCUAUGACUGAUCUGUUUUUAAGGUCAAAAUAUGAGAGUUAUUUUUGUUACCACUACAUUUGUGUAGUGAUAUCGUCAUAUUGACAUUGUAUUGAGCAUCUUCUGUGAAGCAUGUAUCAGUUGUAUAUUUGAUAUUGAUCAACUUGAGCUACAGCAUCAAUGUUCCUCCAGGAGGAUUAUUUACCUAAACUGGGUACUAUACCUGUUUUCAUCACUCUGUGGUUAGCAAUAUUUAAUAUGUUUUAAGAUCAGACUUUAUUUGUGAAAUUGUUGCUCACAUUAUUUGAAUAAUGUGUUUAUUGUAAAUGGGAGAAAAACAUUUAUAAUUGAAAAACCCUUGUUUAUUUUAAACAAUUAUGUUUUAUUUUAUAAAAACAGUAACUGUGUAUCCUAUACUCUGAUAGAGUAUCAUGUCGUGGAGAUUUGUUCAAGUUCUUGUUGUGAUGUUUAAUCACUUUAUUUCUCUUGAAAUAUUUACCUUAAAUUACGGUAUUGAUGGUGUGACUCAUUGAGUCAGUCUGAAUGAAUACACAAAUCAUCAAAUGAAUUAUUAUUGUCUGUUGCUUUAUUAUUUUAUUGACAAAGACAAUCCUCCAACAACAUUACAUGGUUAAAUGACUGAUUAAUGAAAUUCCACAUAGAUUGUGGCUGAUGCAAAAACAAAACAAAAUUAUAAAGUGUUGUGGUCAGAUGAGACCAAAACGGAGCUCUUUGGCAUCAACUCAACUCGCCGUGUUUGGAGGAGGUGGAAUGCUGCCUAUGACCCCAAGAACACCAUCCCCAUCGUCAAACAUGGAGGUGGAAACAUUAUGCUUUGGGGGUGUUUUUCUGCUAAGGGGACAGGACAACUUCACCACAUCAAAGGGAUGAUGGAUGGGGCCAUGUACCGUCAAAUCUAGGGUGAGAACCUCCUUCCCUCAGCCAGGGCAUUGAAAAUGGGUCGUGGAUGGGUAUUCCAGCAUGACAAUGACCCAAAACACACGGCCAAGGCAACAAAGGAGUGGCUCAAGAAGAAGCACAUUAAGGUCCUGGAGUGGCCUAGCCAGUCUCCAGACCUUAAUCCCAUAGAAAAUCUGUGGAGGGAGCUGAAGGUUCGAGUUGCCAAACGUCAGCCUCGAAACCUUGACUUGGAGAAGAUCUGCAAAGAGGAGUGGGAAAAAAUCCCUCCUGAGAUGUGUGCAAACCUGGUGGCCAACUACAAGAAACGUCUGACCUCUGUGAUUGCCAACAAGGGUUUUGCCACCAAGUACUAAGUCAUGUUUUGCAGAGGGGUCAAAUACUUAUUUCCCUCAUUAAAAUACAAAUCAAUUUAUAACAUUUUUGACAUGUGUUUUUCUGGAUUUUUUUGUUGUUAUUCUGUCUCUCACUGUUCAAAUAAACCUACCAUUAAAAUUAUAGACUGAUAUUUCUUUGUCAGUGGGCAAACAUACAAAAUCAGCAGGGGAUCAAAUACUUUUUUCCCUCACUGUAUUACAUGUGGUCCUCUGUAGCUCAGCUGGUAGAGCACGGCGCUUGUAACGCCAAGGUAGUGGGUUCGAUCCCCGGGACCACCCAUACACAAAAAUGUAUGCACGCAUGACUGUAAGUCGCUUUGGAUAAAAGCGUCUGCUAAAUGGCUUAUUAUUAUUAUCACUUCCACGCGCCUGGUGAUGAUUCUGCGUGAUAAGCUAAUUUUCUCGAAUUGGCUUUUACUCUCAGGACAAAGUUUUCCAACCGGUCUCCACAAUACACUCUUUCACAAACUCCCCUUCAGCAAAAGGAUUGCUAUGCUUUGUGAUUUUAUGUGCCACUAGUAGCUUGCCGUAGUUAUGGAGUCUUGAGUAGAGCACCGUUUAGUAAACAUAUUCUGUUGGGCUUUUAAGUUUGUGGCAAGUUUUGAGGCCUUCCUUGCCUUUUCCUGAGAGGAUAGAUUGCUAGCGUAGUUAGCAUUCUUGCUUGAAAAAUGAUGAUUGAGAUUAUAUUCCUUAAAAACGGCAACACUUUCUUGGCAUAUCAGCCUUAUGUCCAAUAUCAGGAAAAAAGUAUUUUGCUGUCCAUUUUUCUUUAAACACACGACAUUCAGAGUCCACUUUUCUCAUUUUCAUAGCACUCAUUUUUCACAUCAAAAGUUGUCAAGCAAUGAAGUGGCUAUGAUGACUGAGCGCAUUCUGAAUCUGAAUGUAGGCCCAAAUACAGAGCGUGCUGCCAGGCUACAGCGCCAUCUAUUGGAGGUUGUUUGUAUAUCAUGGAAUUAGUAAUUUUAUGCCAAAAAUCGUAACUCAAAUAUAAUAAUAUUUAAAACAUUUAAAAAAUGUCUCGCGAGCCGGAUUGAAGUGCCAGGCGGGUCGUACUUUGCCCCCCUUUGCCUAGGUGCUUCAUAAAAAAUCUACAGAGUAAGAUAAAUGUUGAGACAUUUCUAGUCACAUACUAUUAUUUUACAAUAAUUGUUUUUAAGUAAAACAUAACAUUCAUAUUAUAUCUUGAUGGAGUAAAGGUGUGAUGAACCAUAGAGAGAUAAGUGAUCAUCAAUCUGAGUUCCUUUGGAGGCAUGACGGAUGUUUUUUUUACUGAGGCACCUGUUUUAAAUAAAUGUAUUUUCAGUGUUCAGAAUCUAUUAAAUUAUUUUAGUUUGGUCAUAAUAUAUCAGUGAUUCCAGGUGUUGGGCCAAAACUAGUACUGUCAUUUUAGUGCUUUAAACGUUUACGGCAGCUGUGCCCCUCAAACUCAAUAGCUAAUGUGAUGUGUAAUAAGACACACUUCUAUUGUUCCUCUAUUGAAAGCAGUGAAUGGAGAGAGAGUGUGGGAAACCGAGGAGAACUCACUCACAGAGCCCCUUUGGGACAAUAGACUGGGAGGUUAGAGAGGGGGUCUGGGUCUCUAUGGGGAAUUUAAUCAAUAUAUUUCUGAUAAUCCCACAACAUUUAAUGCUCAGAAUUUGGGUCUUGAAUUUAGAAAUCUGCAUAUGUUUCUAAUAAAAGUUCAAGAUAUCAUUUUUUUGCAUUUGCAUUUUUAUAGGACUUUUAGGCAGUACUUGCACCUUCUUCAAGAUUAAUGCAAUUAAUGCCGUUUUUAUUCUGUUUGUUUGUGGGGCAUGGUUGACAACAUUAUAUUUGUUUGUGUACACAUACACCUACAGCUUGAAUUGAUUCUCUGUAACAGUGAGUCUUUAUCAGUGGCUUAAGAUAAAUAUUUUUUGUAAUGAGCUUCACCCCCAAGGGCUUGAUAGGAACUGCUUGUGUAGAGAUGAAUUAUCAUUUAACAAGGCACACUUCUAUUGUUUAGUGGAAACUCUCUCAAUGGGCAAAGUGUGGGAAAGCUCUGGAGAGAAGAUUCACAGUUUAGUGUCAUCAGGAUCAUCAGUCCCACCAGCACCUGUGAGUCUCUAUGGGUAAUAUGCAGACUUCUAUUGUUCAGUGGAUAGAAUGGGUGGGAGGGAGUAUUUUGGGUUAUUUCUUACACUAUCUUAUGAGGAAAAUACAAUAAAUAUUAAAUAAAGAAAACUAAUUUACUUACCCAAGUUAUGAAUGGCUUUUUCUAUCUUAAUGAUGGACAGAGUUUUAUUCAGUACAUUCAUGUAGUUCACUUGUUUUUGUGAUAAACAGUGAACAGCUAUCAAUUCUAGUUAGGCAUACAAAAGUUAACCCUUGGUCGAUUUAUAACGUAACAAAUCACAGACAAUAAUUUUUAAAGAGUACUCAACAUCAUGUGUUCUAUGCCAUUCUAGGAUGAAUUUGUAUUUAUAAAGGUGUGUCUUGUUAGUAUAAUCUUGCCAGGGCUGAUCUUUCCCUCCAAAACCCAGAAGGUCUGUGAUGUCAGCCUCUGUCUAUAGUACAACACAGAGCCAACAGCCGUCACUAAUGGUCCACUGAGCAGCUUUUGUAGUGCAUUGAUCACAGCACACAGGACUCAGUGUGGGAAACUCAAAACAGCUCUCUACUCACACUGACCAGUAGCCUCAAGACAGAGGACACAUCUGCUACCUUUGAACUCCAGAAGAAACCCCUUGAUAUUGAUAUGGAUUACCCCUAAAAUACUGAAACCAAGCUGUACAUUAUCCUGGUAUCUAUCCACUCACCUGUUAAUGUUGACUAAAAUCGUAUAUAUUACAAAACAUUCGGACUAAUUGAAAAGACACGUAUGAAAUUAAACAGGAUUUAAAAUUAUGACACAUUGUCAUACAUCAUCAUAUUGUUAAAUGUAACUACCGGUACCAGUAUGUGCAAUGCAAAACCAUAUUGCAGAGUCAUUCAUUGCUAUCAGAGGUCAUAUCCAUGGUGAGAGAAUAAAAUGUAUCUAAAUCAGCGAUGAAGAGUGGAUACAGAAUACUACAUUCAACAAUGUCCUUAUAGGUAGGGAUUAAUAACACUGUACGUUUUAUUCAAGAAUCUGGGUCCGUCUCACACGUGUAAGUAGUAAUGAUGAGCGUGUGCUCUGUCAGUGUCAUUGAUCCCAACAUCAGGCAGCAGAUCUGUGGGUCACCACUUUCCCAGAUUCACACAGCGCUCUGUGAGUCUCUCUCCAUCACCCCCCACCCCUCCACCUGUUCCCCUGAUACGUGACCAUUGUCCCCCAGCAAUAAGAAUACUGAGCAUGUGGCAGCUCCACACUCCUCAUUGUCCUCCCAAGCUCACCCAUUGGCUACAAACUGUGAGAAACUCCAACAAGCCCAAGACCCACACAUUCAUAUGCAGAUUUGGGACUAUAUAUAGGAGUGAUGAAGUCAGUAGAAAUCAGAUUCUCUCAACACUGAGACCUCUACAGCACAGAGAUCCAGCCAUGGCACCUGCAAUCACUUCAGCUAUGAUCUAUUCUAAGCAGCACCUGACUUUGACAAACAAGGUAAAUUGAAAAUUCAAAUUCAAUGACAUUCAUUCAUUCAAUUGUUUUGAUUGAUUGUUUAUUUGUUUCAAUAAUGUCAUACACCAGUAUAAGGUUAUUAAUGCCUCUCCUCGUCUCUUCUUGCAGCUAAGAAAGCCAGUGGUGGAGAAGUUUCGCAGAGAUCGUAUCAACAACAGCAUUGAGCAGCUCAAGUCUCUCCUGGUUCCAGAGAUCCUCAACCAGCAGCCCGACUCCAAGCUGGACAAAGCCGACAUCCUGGAGAUGACAGUUAGCUUCCUGAGACAACAGCAACAGAACCAGCCAGUGAGCUCCUCCUCCUGCUCAGCACCUGUCAAUCAGGGUUACUCCAGGUGUGUCCAAGAGAUUGUUCACUUCCUGUCAAAGGAUGAGUUGAAGACACAGUCCCAGAGAAGACUGCUGUGCCACUUCCAGAGCCUGCAGCCAUCCUCUGAUAAGAACAGGAGGGAGAUUGACCUGCCUCCGCUGAGCUCCCCAGCCCAGCCCAGCAUCAGCAAAGAGAAGAGUCCAGUCAACAGCUCCCUCUGGAGGCCCUGGUAGAGUCCUACAGACUGGAGCUCCACUCAAAACACAAUGGAUAGACCAUGUUGGUCUAAGAUUAAUUUAAUGGACAGUAAUGAGUAUAAGAAAAACAUGUUCUUCAUCUUCUGCUUAUGCAGGAGUUUUUAAAAGUCUUGCUGUGAUUGAGACACUUCAUUUCAGUUGUUAAAGUGAAGUUAAAAAGUUUUUCCAAGAAAACAAUCUGAUCUAUGAAAACUACAUUUUUGUAGUGUUAAUUGAAAUCAUCACAACCUUUAUGUUUUGUGAAACGUGUUGAUUAUAUUGAUCAUGUGUUCAUAUUCAUGAUCAACAAUAACUUUAAUUGUCCUCCAUGAGAACCUUUAAACCAAAAUGGAUGUUGUAUCAUCAAUCUUUUUGUGAUAAUCUAUGACUGAUCUGUUUUUAAGGUCAAAAUAUUAUAUCUAUUUUUUUACCACUACAUUUAUGUAGUGAUAUAGUCAUAUUGACAUUGUAUUGAGGAUCUUCUGUGAAGCAUGUAUCAGUUAUAUAGUUGAUAUUGAUCAACGAGCUACAGCAUCAAUGUUCCUCCAGGAGGAUUAUUUACCCAAACUGGGUAUUAUACCUGUUAUCAUCACUCUGUGAUUAGCUAUAUUUGAUCUGUUUUAAGAUUAGACUUUAUUUGUGAAAUUGUCACUCACAUUAUUUGAAUAAUGUGUUUAUUGCAAAUAGGAGAAAAAAUGUCUAAUAGAAAAACCCUCGUUAAUUUUAAAUAAUUCUGUUGUCUUUUAUAAAGACAGUAACUUUGUAUCCUAUACUCUGAUAGAUUAUCAUGUCUUGGAGAUUUGUUGAAGUUCUUUUUGUGAUGUUUAAUCACUUUUUUUCUCUUGAAAUAUUUACCUUAAAUUAAGGUAUUGAUUGUGACUCAUUGAGUCAGUCUGAAUAAAUACACAAAUCAUCAAAUGAAAUAUUCUUGUCUGUUGCUUUAUUCUUUUCUUGACAAAGACAAUCCUCCAACAACAUUACAUGGUUAAAUGACUGAUUUAUGAAAUUCCACAUAGAUUAAGUGGCUGAUGCAAAAACAAAACAAAUCAUGUCCCAAGACUAUACAGAAUGAUUUUGGUUGCAUUAGAAAAUAACACUCAAUUCAAUCAAUAAUUUAAUUUAUACCUCUAAGUGCUUUAUUCAAAAUCUACAAUGUAAGAAAAAUGUUAAGAGAAUUUUCUACUUAAAUGUUAUUAUUCUACAGUCAUUGUUUUUGUGUAAAGUUAUUACAUGCUUUCUCUACGUUGAUGAUGGACAGAGUUUUAUUCAGUACAUUCAUGUAGUUCAGUUGUUUGUGUGAUAAACAGUGAACAGCUCUCAAUUCCAGUUAGGCAUACAAAAGACAACCCUUUGUCGAUUUAUAAUGAAACUCACACACAACAAUUUUCAAAAGAGUACUCAAAAUCAUGUGUUCUAUGCCAUUAUAGUGGGGUGAACAAAUAUUUGAUACACUGCCGAUUUUGCAGGUUUUCCUACUUACAAAGCAUGUAGAGGUCUGUAAUUUUUUAUCAUAGGUACACUUCAACUGUGAGAGACGGAAUCUAAAACAAAAAUCCAGAAAAUCACAUUGUAUGAUUUUUAAGUAAUUAAUGUGCAUUUUAUUGCAUGACAUAAGUAUUUGAUCACUUACCAACCAGUAAGAAUUCCGGCUCUCACAGACCUGUUCGUUUUUCUUUAAGAAGCCCUCCUGUUCUCCACUCAUUACCUGUAUUAACUGCACCUGUUUUAACUCGUUACCUGUAUAAAAGACACCUGUCCACACACUCAAUGAGACUCCAACCUCUCCACAAUGACCAGAGAGCUGUGUAAGGACAUCAGGGAUACAAUUAUAGACCUGCACAAGGCUGGGAUGGGCUACAGGACAAUAGGCAAGCAGCUUGGUGAGAAGGCAACAACUGUUGGCGCAAUUAUUAGAAAAUGGAAGAAGUUCAAGAUGACGGUCAAUCACCCUCGGUCUGGGGCUCCAUGCAAGAUCUCACCUCGUGGGGCAUCAAUGAUCAUGAGGAAGGUGAGGGAUCAGCCCAGAACUACACGGCAGGACCUGGUCAAUGACCUGAAGAGAGCUGGGACCACAGUCUCAAAGAAAACCAUUAGUAACACACUACGCCGUCAUGGAUUAAAAUUCUGCAGCGCAUGCAAGGUCCCCCUGCUCAAGCCAGCGCAUGUCCAGGCCCGUCUGAAGUUUGCCAAUGACCAUCUGGAUGAUCCAGAGGAGGAAUGGGAGAAGGUCAUGUUGUCUGAUGAGACAAAAAUAGAGCUUUUUGGUCUAAACUCCACUCGCCGCGUUUGGAGGAAGAAGAAGGAUGAGUACAACCCCAAGAACACCAUCCCAACCGUGAAGCAUGGAGGUGGAAACAUCAUUUUUGGGGAUGCUUUUCUGCAAAGGGGACAGGACGACUGCACCGUAUUGAGGGGAGGAUGGAUGGGGCCAUGUAUCGCGAGAUCUUGGCCAACAACCUCCUUCCCUCAGUAAGAGCAUUGAAGAUGGGUCGUGGCUGGGUCUUCCAGCAAGACAACGACCCGAAACACACAGCCAGGGCAACUAAGGAGUGGCUCCGUAAGAAGCAUCUCAAGGUCCUGGAGUGGCCUAGCCAGUCUCCAGACCUGAACCCAAUAGAAAAUAUUUGGAGGGAGCUGAAAGUCCGUAUUGCCCAGCGACAGCCCCGAAACCUGAAGGAUCUGGAGAAGGUCUGUAUGGAGGAGUGGGCCAAAAUCCCUGCUGCAGUGUGUGCAAACCUGGUCAAGACCUACAGGAAACGUAUGAUCUUUGUAAUUGCAAACAAAGGCUUCUGUACCAAAUAUUAAGUUCUGCUUUUCUGAUGUAUCAAAUACUCAUGUCAUGCAAUAAAAUGCAAAUUAAUUACUUAAAAAUCAUACAAUGUGAUUUUCUGGAUUUUUGUUUUAGAUUCCGUCUCUCACAGUUGAAUUGUACCUAUGAUAAAAAUUACAGACCUCUAAAUGCUUUGGAAGUAGGAAAACCUGCAAAAUCGGCAGUGUAUCAAAUACUUGUUCUCCCCACUGUAUAUGUAUAAAGGUGUGUCUUGUUAGUAUAAUCUUGCCAGUGCUGAUCUUUCCCUCCAAAACCCAGAAGGUCUGUGAUGUCAGCCUCUAUCUAUAGUACAACACAGAGCCAACAGUCGUCACUAAUGGUCCACUGAGCAGCUUUUGUAGUGCAUUGAUCACAGACACAGGACUCAGUGUGGGAAACUCAGAUCAGCUCUCUACUCACACUGACCAGUAGCCUCAAGACAGAGGACACAUCUGCUACCUUUGAACUCCAGAAUGCUUGACCAUAUAACUACUGCUACUGAGUUAAGAGACCCCUUGCUAUUGAUGGAUUACCUCUAAAAUACUGAAAACCAAGCUAUACAUUAUCCUGGUAUCUAUCCACUUUAAUGGAAGCCUCUCAAACAUAAUUCAGGUAGAAUCAGGAAUUCCCCAGGGCAGCUGUCUAGGCCCCUUGCUUUUUUCCAUCUUUACUAACGACAUGCCACUGGCUUUGAGUAAAGCCAGUGUGUCUAUGUAUGCGGAUGACUCAACACUAUACACGUCAGCUACUACAGCAACUGAAAUAACUGCAACACUUAACAAAGAGUUGCAGUUAGUUUCAGAAUUGGUGGCAAGGAAUAAGUUAGUCCUGAAUAUUUCCAAAACUAAAAGCAUUGUAUUUGGGUCAAAUCAUUCACUAAACCCUAAACCUCAACUAUAUCUCAUAAUUAAUAAUGUGGAAAUUGAGCAAGUUGAGGUGACUAAACUGCUUUGAGUAACCCUGGAUUGUAGACUGUCAUGGUCAAAGCAUAUUGAUACAACAGUAGCUUGUGGGUUCGAUUCCCACGGGGGGCCCGUAUGAAAAUGUAUGCACUCACUAACUGUAAGUGGCUCUGGAUAAGAGCGUCUGCUAAAUGACUAAAAUGUAAAUGUAAAAAUGAGAAGUAUGUCCAUAAUUAAGCGCUGCUCUUGCCUUCUUAACAACACUAUCAACAAGGCAGGUCCUACAGGCCCUAAUUUUGAUGCACCUAGACUACUGUUCAGUAGUGUGGUCAGGUGCCACAAAGAGGGACUUGGGAAAAUUGCAGUUAAAAGUACAUGGAGAGCUAACAUUGAUGACAUGCAUGUCAGUCUCUCCUGGCUCAGAGUGGUAGAGAGAUUGACUUCAUCACUGCUUGUUUUUGUGAGAGGUGUCGACGAGCUGAAUGUACCGAGCUGUCUGUUUGGAAUACUGGCACACAGCUCGGACACCCAUGCAUACCCCACAAGACAUGCCGUCAGAGGUCUCUUCACAGUCCCUAAGUCCAGAACGGACUAUGGGAGGCGCACAAAACUACAUAGAGCCAUGACUACAUGGAACUCUAUUCCACAUCAGGUAACUGAUGCAAGCAGUAGAAUCAGAUUUAGAAAACAGGUAAAAAUACACCUUGUGGAACAGCGGGGACUAUGAAGAGACACACACACAGGCACAUACACACAUCCAUAUAGACUCUCACUCUACACACACGUACACAUGGAUGUUGUAUUGUAAAUAUGUGAUAGUGGAGUAGUGGCUUGAGGGAACACACUAAAUGUAUUGGGUAAAGUGUAAUGAAAUAUAAUGUCAUGUAAUAUUUUAAAUUGUAUUGCCUUAAUGUUGCAGGACCCCAGGAAGAGUAGCUGUUCCCUUGGCAGCAGCUAAUGGGGAUCCUUAAUAAAUACAAAUACAAAUACACUCACCUGUUAAUGUUGACUAAAAUUGUAUAUAUUCCAAAACAUUCUGACUAACUGAAAAGACAAACAUGCAUGAAACUAAACAGGAAUUAAAAUGACGACACAUUGUCAUAUAUCAUCAUAUUGUUAAAUAUAACUACCGGUAUGUGCAAUGUAAAAGCAUAUUGCAGAGUCAUUCAUUAAUAUCAGAGGUCAUAUCCAUGGUGAAAUAAUAAAAUGUGUCUAAAUUGUGAUACAGCAUGGGUACAGGUCCUCCCGAGUGGCGCAGCGGUUUUAGGCACUGCAUCGCAGUGCUUGAGGUGACCCUACAGACCCGGGUUCAAUCCCAGGCUGUGACCGGGAGUUCCAUAGGGCACAAGUUGUCCGGGUUAGGGGAAGGAGGGUUUGGCCGGGGGGGAGGGGCUUUACCCAGCUCAUUGUGCUCUUGUGGCGGGCUGCAGGCUGACUUCAGUUGCCUGUUGAACAGUGUUUCCUGCGACACAUUGGUGCAGCUGGCUUCCGGGUUAAGCGGGAGGGUGUUAAGAAGUGUGGUUUGGUGGAUACAUUUUCGGAGGACGCAUGACUCGACCUUCGCCUCUCCUGAGCCCGUUGUGGAGUUGCAGCGAUGAGACUGGAUCGCAUUUGGAUAUCACAAAAUUGGGGGUAAAAUACAAAAACAUAACAUGAAUACUACAUUCAACAAUGUCCUUAUAGGUGGGGAUUAAUAACAAUCUACAUUUUAUUAGAGAAUCUAUGUCAGUCUCACACAUGUAAGUUGUAAUAAUGAGCGUAUGCUCUGUCAUCGAUCCCAACAUCAGGCAGCAGAUCUGGGGGUCACCACUUUCCCAGAUUCCCACAGUGUUCUGUGAGUCACUCUCCAUCACCUCCCACCCCACCACCUGUUCCCCUGAGACGUUACCAUUGUCGCCCAGCAAUAAGAACACUGAGCAUGUAGCAGCUCCACACUCUUCAUUGUCCUCCAAGCUCACCCAUUGGCUACAGACUGUGAGAAACUCCAACAAGCCCAAGACCCACAUAUUAAUAUGCAGAUUUGGGACUAUAUAUAGGAGAGAUGAAGCCAGUAGAGAUCAGAUUAUCUCUACACAGACCUCUACAGCACAGAGAUCCAGCCAUGGCACCUACAAUCGCUUAAUGUAUGAUCUACUCUAAGUAGCACCUGUCUGACAAACAAGGUAAAUUGAAUAUUCAAAUUCAAUGACAUUUAUUCAAUUAUAUUGAUUGAUUGUUUAUUUGCUUCAAUAAUGUCAUACUCCAGAAUGAGGUUAUUAAUGCCUCUCCUCGUCUCUUCUUGCAGCUAAGAAAGCCAGUGGUGGAGAAGUUAUGCAGAGAUCGUAUCAGCAACAGCAUUGAGCAGUCUUUUCUGGUUCCAGAGAUCCUCAACCAGCAGCCUGCCUCCAAGCUGGAGAAUGUCGACAUCCUGGAGAUGACAGUUUGCUUCCUGAGAUGACAAUAGAACCAGCCAAUCAGCUCCUCCUCCUGCUCAGCACCUGUCAAUCAGGGUUACUCCAGGUGUGUUCAAGAGAUUGUUCACUUCCUGUCUAAAAUGAGGUGAGGACACAGUCCCAGAGAAGACUGCUGAGCCACUUCCAGAGCCUGCAGCCAUCCUCUGAUAAGAACAGCAGGGAGAUUGACCUGCCUCCGCUGAGCUCCCCAGCCCAGCACAGCAUCAGCAAAGAGAAGUGUCCUGUCAACAGCGCCCUCUGGAGGCCCUUUUAG